AUGUUUAGCAAUCUAAAGGCUUUUAUCAGGCAAGGCAGACAGGCCAACAGUUUCAAAGAUAAGACUGAGAAGGACAACACGUCGCCCCAACGCACAGCAUACACACCAGCACAGCCGGCAACAGGGUCGAAGAAAGGUGCCCGACAGAUGAAGGAACAAGUGCCUUCAAGUCCGUAUCAAGACCCGGGUCUUUCGCAUCAAGAUCGAAAUGUGCCCGGUGAUUUAGAGAUGGGUACUGGCACCGAGAAUAUGAAUGGACCGUUCACGCCCAAUGCUGCCCCUCAGCUGAACUAUGACGCUGUGGCAAAUCAAAUUGUAGAAGAGGAGAGACGCCAGAGAAAUAACGCCAACCGGAAUCCCAGAUUGGACCACUACGAGUUUUUGGAAAAGUUGGGCGAAGGUGCUUUUUCCAUCGUUUACAAAGCUCACCAUAAAAAAAAUGGCAACGAGGUUGCCAUUAAGGUGCUUCGUAAGUACCAGAUGGACGACGCUCAAAAACAAGCGGUUUUGAAAGAAGUGAUCAUAAUGAGACAACUCUCUCAUCCCAAUGUGGUCAAGUUCAUUGAGUUCAUCGAGACAGAAUCUUAUUUCCACAUCGUUCAAGAGUUGAUUGUGGGUGGAGAAAUCUUUGCUGCUAUUGUUAAGUACACUUACCUCAGUGAAGACUUGUCUCGUCAUAUCAUCUACCAAGUCGCAAAAGCCAUUCGUUAUUUGCAUGAGGAAGUUGGGAUUGUGCACAGAGACAUCAAGCCUGAAAACUUGUUGUUUCAGCCGAUUGCGUUCACACCCUCGCUCAAUCCCAUUUCCAAGCUUCGCCAUUCGGACGAUCCAAAGUCUAAGAAGGAUGAGGGUGAGUUCAUUCCUGGCGUGGGUGGCGGCACUGUUGGCAUAGUUAAAAUUGCUGAUUUUGGUUUGUCGAAGCAGAUCUGGGAACACAAUACAAAAACCCCUUGUGGAACAGUGGGUUACACCGCUCCAGAAAUCGUGCGGGAUGAAAGGUAUUCCAAAGAAGUAGACAUGUGGGCUAUUGGUUGUGUUCUCUACACAUUGUUAUGUGGAUUUCCUCCCUUCUAUGACGAGCGCAUAGAAAACCUUACUGCAAACGUCGCUCGUGGAGAAUACACAUUCUUGGCACCCUGGUGGGAUGAGAUAAGCGCUGAAGCAAAGCACUGUGUGUCGCGUCUAUUAACAGUUGAUCCAAAGAAACGGUACACUAUUGAUGAUUUCUUCGAAGAUCCUUGGAUGAAAAAGAUCCCUGACCAGUACACGAACCCACAGCAAUACCCCAAACAGGCCUACAAAACCCCAACGGACAACAACCUUUCAAGAUACAGAAACUCAGACUUGUAUUCACCAGCUGCUCUGGCGCUUCGCGAUGCGUUUGACAUUUCGGCCGCUGUUCACAGGGCCGGCGAAGAGGCAGCUUUGAAGAAGCAAGCUUUCAACGACUGCUCGCAAGUGCUCGAGGAAGAAGAAGAGGUAAAUGAUUUUUCUUCUCCAGGCGAGAUACCGAAAGACAUGAACACUCAAAAUUUGUUUUCUUUGGACUUGGGCGGAGCGUCAAUUCUUGGUCGCCGGAAACAAAAGCCUGUUAUUGCUUGA